GAAUUUUGAUGUCAAGAUUUGCGUUGGAGAAGUUUAUCCUUUUGAGACUGUUAAAGUGAAUUUUGAUAUAAUCACUGAAGAAAGUGUGCAAUCUUUAUUUAAUUCUGAUGAAGUUAUUCAAAAAAGUUUGAAGAAUUUUCUAUCUUCACGUUUUGAAUACGGACCUUCCUUGAUUGAGCAUUCUUUGCUAAUGAAGACCUGCCUAAGUCCUCAGAAGAGCGUUUCUUCUAUUUGUUCCUCGCGCGACUAUAAAAAUAUUCUCGACGCUUUGAACUUUGCAAGAGAAGUUAUAUAUAAUACUUCUUUCAAGGGCUUCAUAAUACAAAAGAAAGAAGGGCGAACUGAUGUUGAGGGCAGAACUUCAAUAUUUUUUGUUAACGAAGAGUAUCAUCCUCUUCUUUUCAAGCAACACGAGACUUUACCUUAUAAAGAGUUUGAUACUUUUAAUCUGGCCGUUGACGAAUUUUAUUCAAAUUUAGAAGCUCAACGAAUCGAUAUUAUUGCACUUCAGCAUGAAAAACAGGCGCUUAAAAAAUUAGAAAAUUUACGCAUCGACCAUGAAAAGCGGCUUUCUGGUUUGGCAUCCGAACAGCUCAACGAUAUACGCUGCGCUCAACUUAUUGAAGCUAAUUUGGAACUGGUUGACCGCGCGAUUGCUGCUGUUCUUGAACUGCUAGCUUCUCAGUUUUCAUGGGACCAAAUACAUGUAAGUUAG